AUGCGUUUCGCUUUAGUUGCUGGAGCUCUAGUCCUAGGUGCCACCGUUUCGGAGGGCCGUUCCAUUGCUCCCAGCCCGGUGAAAAGGACGACCGAGCACCUCGAGUUUGCGACCCCGACGCGCAACCUAAAAAGAGCCCGCCAAGAGAGCGGCUGGAACCCGGCCACCGAGGCCGAUGAUGAGUCCUCGAACCAGGAGAACGUCGACCCGUCCGCCUACCACUCUAAAACCCCCAACGGCGCGAAAAAGAAUGGGCACAAAGCCCCGAAGAUGUAUCAUGAAUCCGCGCCCAUGGGUGGCUCCCCGUUGGCCCACAUGCCCCUCUCGCCGCUGUCUCUCCAUCGCAUGUACAAACGAACCAAAGGCUCAAAGAAUCAGUCAACAGAAGAAGAGACAAUGCCGUCCCAGGGGAUCAACGAAAACACACCACCUACUUUUGAAGAGUACAUCAACUCUUUUCCUUCUCGGCCUAAUAGGAGCCUUCACUCAGCGUCCACCGACAUAGACCGUGAUCAUGCUAAGCUUGCCAGCCCCAAACCAGCAAGUGAAGCAGGUUUUUCUGUUGCAAGUGAGACAUUCCCAAGUGACAUUCCAGGGUUUGUGGACAUCGCUCUCCCUGAUCAACACGCCGGGGUAGCCAGGACUGUCUCCGGGCUAGCGUACUCUAUGAACUCUGAUCUGGGUACCGGUGAACUCGAACUCGGCACUUCAACAUCGCACUCGACUCAAUUCUUCAUGUCUCCCAUCAAGACGCACCCGGGCUCCUCACUCUAUCGCUUGAGGGUUCCCGUCAUGGAUAGCUCUACUUUCCAGACUGUUGAUCAUUGCGCCACCUUCCCCAUAACGCAUGCAGGUCCCCUAUCUCUGAAAAAAUGUGGUAGCUUGCCGGGUUUCUCUCAAACCUUUUCUUACGACACUGCUUCCGGCGAGCUGCAGCCAGUCUACAAUGAUGCUCCCAGUUCCAGCCUAGCUGAAAGCAAUCAAAAUCUUCCAGGCCAUCAGAUCAACAAGCGCCAAUUCUACCGAGUUCCAAACUGCGAAUCGGAAUCUGCCCCUCUAUCAAAACGAGAUGGUACACCACCAUCUGCUGCUGCUAUUUUCUAUUUUGUCCCCGUAGAAGGUGUUAAGACUGGAUCUUAUCCCACCUUUCCUUCAACAAACUCAGAUUAG